CACUAAGUUACCUGCAUGUCUCAGCUGAUAAAGAGGAUGGUGGGCUCUUAUGUCCUGUGGCUGGUCUUGGCCUCCUGCAUUCUGACCCUGGCUUCUACAGAGAGGCAAGGUUACAGAAACACCACCAACAUCAGUUCCUAUGGGCUGGAUUUGGAGUGCGGCACUCCUGAGGCUCCAGAGCCCCCAUUCUGUUUGGACUCCUGCCAGAAUUAUACCCAACUGGAUGAUCCCUCUCGAAGCACAGAGAAUACAGAAGGAGUCCGGAAUUGUGACAGGGACCUGCAGGGCUGGUUCCGCUUUGUGGGAGGAGGAGGAAUAAGAAUGCCGGAGACCUGUGUUCCAGUACACAGAUGCCAGACUGACGCUCCCAUGUGGCUUAAUGGGACCCACCCAACCCUUAGGGAGGGCACUGUCACCCGCACUGCUUGUGCCCAGUGGUCAGGCAACUGCUGCUACUGGAACACUAAGAUUCAGGUGAAGGCCUGCCCGGGUGGGUACCACGUGUACAGGUUGGAGGGCAGCCCUGCAUGUAACCUGAGAUACUGCACAGACCCCUCCACUGUGGAGAACAGGUGUGAGAAGACCUGCCGCCCAGAGGAGCAGUGCAUCUUUCUCAAUGGAACCUGGAGCUGUUCCUGCAAGAAGGACCUCAAUACCUCUGAUAUCCACAGUUUGCAGCCUCUACUGGACUGUGGGGCCACGGAGAUCAAGGUUUCACUGGACAGGUGCAGGCUGGAAGGCCUGGGUUUUGGAGAUGAAGUCAGGGCCUACUUGCGGGACCAGAAGUGCAACAGCAUCAUGCAAAGAGAGGAGAGGAACUUGAUUUCUGUGACCAGCCCUACUCAGGCUAAUGUCUGUGGGAAUAUUCUGGAGAAAAAUGAAACCCAUGCCAUCUACAAAAACACUCUCUCCUUGGUCAACGAGUUCAUCAUCAGAGACACCAAACUCAACAUCAACUUCCAGUGUACCUACCUGCUGGACAUGAGAGUCAGUCUCCAAACUGCCCUGCAGCCCAUUGUAAGUUCCAUGAAUAUCAGUGUGGCUGGGGAGGGAGAAUUUACUGUGAGGAUGGCCCUCUUCCAAGACCAGAACUAUACAUUGCCUUACGAAGGGGCCACAGCUUUGCUUUCUGUUGAAUCCAUGCUCUAUGUGGGUGCCAUCUUGGAGAGAGGAGACACCUCCCGGUUUAACCUGCUGUUGAGGAACUGCUAUGCCACACCCACUAAAGACAAGACUGACCCUGUGAAACAUUUCAUCAUCAGAAACAGCUGCCCAAAUCAACAUGACUCCACUAUCUAUGUGGAGGAGAAUGGGGUGUCCUCUGAAGGCCGGUUCUCAGUUCAGAUGUUCAUGUUUGCUGGAAAUUAUGACCUAGUUUUCCUGCACUGUGAGAUUCAUCUCUGUGAUUUCCUCAAUGAACAGUGUCAGCCAUUUUGCUCAAGAAGCCAACUCCGAAGUGAAGCAGUGGUAAUCAACCCAGACCUGGUACUAGAUUUGGGACCCAUCACUAGGAAAGGCGCCCUGUCUCUUGGUGUCACGAACAGAACCCCCAGCAUUUCAGAGUUCCUGGUGACCUUUCCUGUGCUCCUCCUCUCUGUCCUUCUGGCUGGCUUGUUCUGAGCUCAGCUAGGGAGCUGGUCCUUUGGCAAUGGCUUCCAGUCAC